AUGAUAGUUACGCAAGGCUUCUACUCCCUCUCAAUUACCGAGAGUCUCUUCCUAUACUUUGCGUCGAGCCCUUUUCUUCACAUAGACGCGUCCCUACUUCAGGUCCAAGACUACUUCGAUGAAAGAAUCGAGGCUAAAGGCAACUUUCUCAAUGUCCUGGAUCCUCUGUCUGUAUCUAGUGGCGUUGCUGGUCUGAUAUCUCUCGGAAUCACAGUCUGUAAAGGCCUCAAUACCUUCUGCCAGGAUUAUGGAUCCCGCGACUUUGACAUCAUCAAUCUCAAGGAGCAUGCGCACAGGCUAGAUUCAUUUCUUCACUUAGUCCAAAUUCGCUUACAAGCAUGCCACAAGGUUGAUUCGGCGCUGUCGGCGUCUUUGCAGAACUGUUUUGGCGCCUGUUGGGGAUGCAUCCAGGAGUUUGAAAGCCUGGCUAAGAAGCAAGCCCGGUUGACAGGUCCAAAAGGGAUCAAAGAAUAUGGCAAAGAUGUAGCGAGACACUUGCAGUAUCCCUUACAAAAGGCCGAGUUCGACAGGCUGAAGGCAGAAAUGCAGGACUUUUACGCUGCCAUGACAAAUUAUCUACUCUUGAUCAACCAGUAA